AUAAGUUACUUUUUAUUUUAUUAUUUUUAUUAGAACAUAAGAAAGCUUGACUUUCGGCAAAUAAUUCAUGUUAACUAUUCAACAAAAUACAAAGUGGUUACCUACGUACUAACUAUAUUUUAUUUUUUAAGGAAAAAAAUAUAUAAAAAUAAAAAAUUCAAGUCAAUUUGUUUAAAAGUUCAUUAUUAUGCAACAUAUUAUAUAAUAAUAAUUAAAAAAAAUGCACAUGAAGGUGUGGAAAGUGAUAUAUAAAUAUGAACUCAAAUGACAAAAUAAAUUGAAAGAAAUAAAUCAAAUUUUUUUUAAGAGGAAGAAGAUCACUCACCACAAUCAACACAUCUCAGGUUCAAAAUUUAAUUAAUUAUUAAAAUUAAUAAUUAAAACAUGGCCACUUUCUUAAUAAAUUGUUUUAGUUCAAAGAAAUCCAUAGUUCCUAGACUAAGAUUUCAUAGCUAUGAAGAUCCAACUAUUCUUGCCUCAGAAACUGCUUUUACUGUCAAUGAAGUGGAGGCCUUAUAUGAUUUGUUCAAGAAAUUAAGCAGUUCCUUAAUUGAUGAUGGUUUAAUUCACAAGGAAGAAUUUCAAUUAGCUCUAUUUCAAAAUAGUAAAAAGAAGAAUCUUUUUGCAGACAGGGUGUUUGAUUUGUUCGAUUAUAAGAGAAAUGGGGUUAUUGAGUUUGGUGAAUUUGUUCGGGCAUUAAAUGUAUUCCAUCCCAAAGCUUCUCAAGAAGACAAAAUUUUAUUUGCAUUUAGACUCUAUGAUCUAAGACAAACUGGAUUUAUUGAGCCUGAAGAGGUGAAGGAGAUGGUAUUGGCUCUUUUUAGUGAAUCAAAUCUUACACUUUCAGAUGAAGUAAUUGAAUCAAUUGUGGAAAAGACAAUGACAGAAGCAGAUUCAAAAGGUGAUGGGAAAAUUGAUAAAGAAGAAUGGAAAGAGUUUGUAUGGAAACAUCCAAAUCUCAUUAAGAACAUGACUCUUCCAUAUUUAAGGGAUAUCACGAUGGCAUUUCCAAGUUUUGUGCUAAAUACUCAAGUUAAGGACUCGAAUUGAAGAUCACAAAUAUAUACUUAUACAUACAAGUCAUUUUAAGUUGUCGAUGUGUUAUUUUUGUUUCUGACCUUGAUUACUAAAGCAUAAGUAAAAACUUAAACAAAGUGAUUAAUUAACAUGUUAAAAGAACUAAAGUUUUUUUAGGGAAAUUAUUUGUAUACUCAUAUGUAUGAUUUGGGAUAUAAAAUGUAUUUAUUAUAUGGGAUACAUGUCUACUGUGUUAACCUAUACUUUAUUGGAUGUCUUUGUAUAUCUCUUAUAGAUUUAGGGGCCGUUGGUAUGCAGAUUUUAUUUCAUGGGAAUAGGUUUAAUGUUAUUGUCAUGUCCCAAACUCCAAUCAUUAAUAAUAUCAUUUAAAUUCGAUUAAUUACUAAAUAAUUUUGUAAAAUACUAAGACCUUGAACUAAGCCAAGAUGAACACCAUACAAACAAAAACACUUUCUUUGAUUGAAACUUAAAGGAAACUUAACUUCGUUGUAUUAUUUA